AUGACAGCUCCAGGACCAUAUCUGCGACGAAUGGGCGCAGCCGGUUCAAUUAAAAUUCGCUACAGCGACAUUGAAGAGGGUGUGCAGCCGAGCCAAGAUGCUCUCCUAGCUCGAUCUGCCCUCCUCUUGAGCCAAGGAGAAGAGUCCUAUGACGCCGAGUUGUACUCCUCGAGACUUGAUGACCCUUUCGACACUCCUUUAACGGCCGAUUUGAAUCCGAUAAACACCCCGAAACUAUCAAAUGCCGCACAAAUUACCACAUUCAGCGCCCUUCAAAGUGACUUCUACGGGAAAUGUCCAUCCAACUAUGUGUUGAAUGGUGUCGACCAGGCCGACCCGCCCUCCAGUUGUGGCGCCCCCUCCACCGUGGAUGGUAGAGGCAUGACACAUCGCCCACAUCAGAAGAGGGGUCGAGCUAACAUCGGCGGUGAGAAAGAAGCUGAAGAAGAGGAAGAUGGAGGUGAUGGGGAAGGGGGAGGUCCCCCGAAGCGACGGCAUCUAGGCUCGGGUCAGGUCACCCAAUUCUUCGCCUGUCCCUACUUCAAGCGGGAUCCCGAGAGACACUGGCGUUGCUACCGCAAGUAUGAAUUAAAGCGAGUGGCAGACGUCAAAGGUCACCUCGAGAGAGUUCACACCCUGGGAGACUAUUAUUGUGCAACUUGCUUUGCAGAAUUUCCCGACGCUGAGAGCUGGAUGCGCCACACCCAAGAUGAUACCUGCCAGCCCCCUCAGCCCCCAGAACACAUUCUCACUAAACAGACGUUCCGGAGAAUGAACCAGGCCUUUGUUGAAGCAAGGCGCUCAAGCGAUUCGGAUAAAUGGUAUCUUCUUUAUGACCUUGUUUUCCCAGGUGCCACCGACCGGCCUGCUUCACCUUAUCUUUACCUGACCAUCGACGAUCCGGUAAAGAUCUUGAGGGAACGUGCAUUAAGAGACGAAAUAUCCAUUGGCCGGAUCCUUACUGCUCUACAGCAGCUUGGCGUGCAGCCACAGGGGAUCGACCUGGUCUCUCUGCAAACCGUGAUCAAUGCGGUGCUACCUACAUUAGCGGAGGCCACGGCGACAAACAUGCCCUCCCAAACGCUGAUUCCACCCCCUCUCGCGCUCAGCCCAUACGAAUUUGUUGAGCCUCAGAAUCUAUAUCAGCAGGACCUCCAGUCGCAACAGCCUCUAGAGGCCCUUGAGGAGGAUCAGCAGGAUGAUCAGCAGCAGCAGCAGCCUGAGCAGCAAUGGCCCUACUGGACCCAUCGAACUUGA